AUGGCGAAAUCCACAACCAGCGCCGCCGCGCGUUUCCCCUCGAUUGAGAAAUGCGACGCCUCCGGCGUGCGCCGCCGCUCGAUCGCGGCGGAUCUGGACGGGACGCUCCUCAUCUCCCGCUCCUCCUUCCCUUACUUCAUGCUUGUUGCCAUCGAGGCCGGCAGCCUCCUCCGCGGCCUCGUCCUCCUCCUCGCCUUCCCCCUGAUCGCCGUCGCCUACGUCUUCGUCUCCGAGGCGCUCGCCAUCCAGAUGCUGAUCUACAUUUCCUUCUCGGGACUCAAGGUGCGGGACAUCGAGCUCGCUUCCCGCGCCGUGCUGCCGCGGUUCUACGCGAGGGACGUCAGGGCCGAGAGCUACGCCGUGUUCGAGGCGUGCGAGCGGAAGGUGAUCAUCACGGCGAACCCGACGAUAAUGGUGGAGCCCUUUGUGAAGGAGUUCCUGGGCGGGGACAAGGUGAUCGGGACUGAAAUCGAGGUGGAUCCAAAGACUAGAAAGGCGACGGGGUUCGUGAAGAAGCCGGGGGUUCUGGUUGGGAAGUGGAAGAAAUUGGGGGUGCUCGAGGAGUUUGGGGAGGAGACUCCGGAUAUCGGGAUUGGGGAUCGGGAGUCGGAUCACGAUUUCAUGUCCAUCUGCAAGGAGGGGUACAUGGUGCACCCGAGCAAAACCGCGAAGCCGCUCCCACUCGAGCGCCUCAAGAGCCGGCUGAUCUUCCACGACGGGCGUCUCGUCCAGCUCCCGACCCCGGUGAACGCCCUCAUCACGUACGUGUGGCUUCCGUUGGGCUUCGCCCUCUCCCUCGUCCGCGUCUACUUCAACCUCCCCCUCCCGGAGCGCAUCGUCCGCUACACGUACCCGAUGCUGGGGAUCAACCUGGUGGUUCGCGGGCCCCGCCCACCUCCCCCCUCCUCCGGCCACCCGGGCAACCUGUACGUCUGCAACCACCGCACGGCCCUCGACCCCAUCGUCAUCGCCAUAGCCCUCGGCCGCAAGGUCUCGUGCGUCACCUACAGCGUCAGCAAGCUCUCGAGGUUCCUGUCCCCGAUUCCCGCCGUGGCCCUCACCCGCGACCGCGAGGCCGACGCAGCCAUGAUCCGGGCCCUUCUGCAGAAGGGCGAUUUGGUCGUCUGUCCCGAGGGGACCACGUGCCGCGAGCCGUACCUCCUGAGGUUCAGCGCACUGUUUGCGGAGCUCAGCGACCGGAUCGUGCCUGUGGCCGUCAACAUCAAGCAGGGGAUGUUCCACGGGACGACCGUGCGGGGGGUGAAGUUCUGGGACGCGUAUUUCUACUUCAUGAAUCCGAGGCCGACGUACGAGGUGACGUUCCUGGAGAGGCUGCCGGAGGAGAUGACGUGCGGGGCAGGGAAGACGGCGAUCGAGGUGGCAAACCACGUGCAGAAGGUGCUGGCGGGGGCGCUCGGGUUCGAGUGCACCCAGCUGACGAGGAAAGACAAGUACAUGCUGCUUGGGGGGAAUGACGGCAAGGUGGAGUCCAUGUACGCCAAGAAGUAG